GCUUUCAAAUUUUAAAAAUAGUAUACAAACUGAUCUGCAACAUCAUCAAGCAUUAUAUAUGAGAGUGCGGCUUCCCUUUCCUAUCCUCUCAUGGCUGCCUUUCUUAUUCUCUAGUCACUCAACUCUCUUCAGCACAUAUUAUCCACACACCCUCUUCCAAAAAUGGAGACUCAUUUCAUCAACUUGGCCAUUUUUUUACGUGCAACUCUGCCCUUUCUUUACACACUCACUAUAUUACUCUUCUCAACCACCGCCACCGCAACCAUAUCGGAGAUUUCCAGAGGCUUCAAGGCCACACCCAACUCCUCAACCGAAACCUUCCAACCUCUCCUCUACGAUUCCUCCGGCAACUUCUCCCUCGGUUUCCUCCGAGUGAACAAAACUCAGCUCGCUCUCGCCGUCCUUCACGUCCCGUCAUCCGAACCAUUCUGGCUCGCCAAUCCGGCCCAACUCGCCCGGUGGUCUGACCGCACCCACCUCACUUUCAACGGCAGCCUCGUGCUUUCCGAUCCUAACACCAAGUUUUACUGGUCAACUCACACUGAUGCAGAUCAUGUUGUACUCCUCAACAAUUCCAACUUGGUAACAAAGAGUGCAAACCAGACCGAACUCCCAGCAUGGCAGAGUUUCGACUCUCCUACAGAUACCCUAGUCGAAAACCAAAACUUCACAUCAACAAUGGUUCUGAUUUCCACCAACCGGCUCUACUCGAUGAAGUUAGGGGCCGACUUCAUCGGCCUCUACGCGAAUUUCAACAAAGGCUCCAACCAGAUUUAUCUCCGACACAAAGCCAUGGAAGCCAAAACAGAGAUAGUCGAGAAUCAAGCCCCAAUUUACGCGCAGAUAAACCCGGAUCGGUACCUCGGUAUGUACCAAACCGGUAACCCUUUACCCGCCGACGUUCAAAAGUUCAACAGCUUUCAGACCCCUGUCACCGGCUUCCUCCGUGUCCGGCUAGAGCCCGACGGGAACUUGAUCGGGUACUUCUGGGACGGGUCGACAUGGGUUUUGGACUAUCAGGCGAUUUCUCAAACCUGCGAGCUUCCUAGCGCGUGCGGCUCUUACGGGUUGUGUAACGCGAGAAAUGGCUGCUCGUGUUUGGAUAACCGGACGGAGUUUGCCUCCGGCGAAUGUUUCACGGCCCAGUCCGGUGACUUCUGCAGCGACGGAGUGCCGAGGAAUAACUUUUGGGUUUUAAGGAGGAACGGGGUUGAACCGCCGUACAAGGAGUUGAUGAGGUACGAUACGACGUCGUCAUUAGGGCAGUGCGAGAAGCUUUGUGAAAGGAACUGUAGUUGUUGGGGCGCGGUUUUCAAUAACGCAUCCGGGUUCUGUUACAUGAUGGACUACCCGAUCCAGACCCUAGUGAGUGUGGGGGAUGAGACCAAGAUGGGUUAUUUUAAGGUGCGGGAGGGUGCUGGGAGGAAGAAAAUGAAUGUGGGUGUUGGAGCUGGGAUUGGCGUGAUGUGUGGGGUGGUUUUGAUUUUGGUAGGGAUUGUUGGUGCUUGGAGGUUUAGGGUUUGGAAGAGGAAGCGAGGAGGAGAGGUCAAAAGCCGGUUCAUGGAUCUAAACGGCGGCGUUUCGCCCGGCCCGUAUAAGGAUCUCGGAUCGGCAAGCUUUAGGUCAAUUGAGAUGGGGACAACAUAGUGACGCAUAGAGUGACAUUUUUUGGUUUGGAACUAAUAGUGUUAAUCACUAACUUAUUUGAUUAGUGGUAGUGGGUUCGGGCUAAUCUUGGGUAUAUUGUAUGAUAAUACAUGAUUACUGGACCCUCAAACCUAAUAGCUAAUCUCAUUGAUAAUGUUCGCAACACAGUUGUAUGUAUAUUAGUGCUCUUCACAUGUCACAUUGAGACCUCAUAUCAAUGAGAGUUGUACAGUUUUAAAAAUA